UUUCCGACCGAUGAGAUCCUCUUUCGUCUCGUCCCCCCACAAUUGUUAAAUCUCUGCAACCGAACAAUCAAGCAAUUAUCUCAAAACACCAAACAAAUUCCAAUCUUUCUUCUACUUGUCGGCGAGCCAGAUCGUUAGAGCUCUCAAAUGGGCGGCGCCAAGCGUCCCGAGUCCAGAUCGGAGGUAGCGAAAUGGAAAGUGUUUUAUGCGCCGCUGGUGAAAUUGCUAAAGAAUCAACAAGAGCAGAUCGAAACUCUGCUCAGCCAGAGGAAAUCUCUUGAAGAAUGGAUAAAGAAGCAUCAGGAAGCACGGACUGCCAAUCACCGACUCUAUGAAACUCAUAUCUCCGAACUCAUGUCACGCCUGGAAGCGAAAGAGAUGGAGCUAUUAAUGGAGGCUGCCAAAACUGAGUUGAUGGUGGGAUUGAAGCACAGAGAAGCUGUGGUCCGUAAACUGAAGUUAGAGGAAACAGAAGAUGAAUUGGCAGAUUUCAGGGCGUUGUUUGACCUCCUCACUGCUAGCUCGAAAGAGACCGACGAGCCAGAUCAAGGCACUGAAUCACGUAGGCGAACAAGAUCUUCCACCUCUAAGAUAGCAGCAGCAGACCCUGAAUCUGAAAGGCUCAAGCUCAAGUACGAGAAGCUUGUUUCUGACAAGAAUGUUGUGAUCGCCAUGCUCUCGAAGGAGAAAACCUUCAUAUGGAACCAAUUCAACAUGUUGGAAAGCAAGCUGACCGAAAAGCUGAAGGUGAAGCAAGCUGAAGUCGAUCAAGCUAAUGAUAAGUUGGUCCAAGUUGUCACCACGGCUGAGCAGCUCCAAUCUUCCAAUGGUGAGAAGGAUGGGACCAUCGCGGAGCUGAGAGAACAGCUCCAAUCUUCCAACACCGAGAAGGAUGAGGCCAUCGAGAAGCUGGAAGCUCGAGUGCACGAGUUAUCGCAAGAGUUGGAAGGUCUUAAGAAGUCUCAAGUUGCUACUCCUGCGUUGAGAAGCUGUAAGGGCAUGGCUGUUAAAACUGUAAAGAAAGAGUCAAAUGCUGAGAAUGUGAGGCCAAAUGGGAAGGGUAGCAGAAGCUCGAAGAGAAAGGGAGAUGAUGAUGAUGCUGUUAUCAUCGUGGAAUCGCCACCGAAUCUGUUCACUUCUUCCUUCAGAGUCCCUAAGCUGAAGAACUCCUCAACUCCUGCUUAGUGUCGUGGAAGGGAACUCUAUUUCGAAGGGUUUUGGGAGAGUUGGCUUGGCUUAAACAUCGUUGAGCGACUACGGAUCUGUAACCAACCGGUUAGUAGUAUACAUGUAUAGAGUUUAGUGAAGCGUUAGGUUGUAGCUUGCACAUUGUAGUGAAAUUCCUAACCAAUUUUAGUGACUCUGUUACAAUAUGUAACAGAAGUAUCUUGUGAAUAUGAGAAUUGCUCUUGUUGUUGUCCGAAUUGGCACAACUUAGUCAUUGGCU